AUGCCUAUCCCAGUCCCCCAAGCCGACAGUCUGAAGGACCUUCUGAGCCUUAAGGGCAAGGUCGUGGUGGUCACUGGCGCUUCAGGCCCCCGCGGAAUGGGCAUUGAGGCCGCUCGUGGCUGCGCCGAGAUGGGUGCCGACCUGGCCAUCACCUACGCUUCCCGACCGGAGGGUGGCGAGCGCAACGCCAAGGAGUUGAGCGAGAAGUACGGCGUCAAGGUCAAGGCCUACAAGUGUGAUGUGGGCAAGUGGGAGAGUGUCGAUGGACUCGUCAAGGACGUCAUUAAGGAGUUUGGCAAGAUUGAUGCCUUUAUCGCCAACGCUGGCCGCACUGCCAACAGCGGAAUUCUCGACGGCUCCGUCCAGGACUGGCAAGAGGUUAUUCAAACCGACUUGACUGGUACCUUCCACUGUGCCAAGGCCGUUGGCGCCCACUUCAAGGAGCGGGGCACCGGCAGCUUCGUCAUUACCUCCUCCAUGUCUGGCCACAUCGCCAACUUCCCCCAAGAGCAGACCUCAUACAACGUCGCCAAGGCCGGCUGCAUCCAUAUGGCCAAGUCGCUCGCCAACGAGUGGCGCGACUUUGCCCGUGUCAACAGCAUCUCGCCCGGCUACAUCGACACCGGUCUGUCCGACUUUGUUGACCAGAAGGUCCAGGACUUGUGGCUCUCUAUGAUCCCCAUGAACCGCAAUGGCCAAGCCAAGGAGCUGAAGGGUGCCUAUGUCUACCUGGUCAGCGAUGCCAGCUCCUACAUGACUGGUAAUGAUUUGCUGAUUGACGGCGGAUACUGCGUGCGGUAA